CCUCCUCCUCCUCCUCCUCUUUUACUACACAUUAAAACAUAAAGCCUCCCCACACUCCGCUCACUCCCUCAUCUACAGCCUCCAUCAACGCUUCUGCUCCUCUCUCCUGUGUGAUUCAUCCUGCAAACUAGUCAUCAUGGUUUCCCAUAAGGAGUUUGCGACAGCAGGAAAGCAGCCGGGCCUGCAGGUGUGGCGUAUCGAGAACUUGGACCUGAAGCCGGUUCCUCAGGCCCUGCAUGGCAGCUUCUACACCGGGGACGCCUACCUGCUGCUCUACACCACCUCAGCUCCUUCAUAUAACAUACACAUGUGGCUGGGGGAUGAGUGUUCACAGGAUGAGAGCGGUGCGGCGGCCAUCUUUGCAACACAGCUGGAUGAUUUCCUGGGUGGAGGGCCGGUGCAGUACAGGGAGUUGCAGAACACAGAGUCCAACACCUUUCUGGGGUACUUCAAGUCAGGAAUCAAGUACAAGCUGGGGGGUGCGGCCUCAGGUUUUCAGCAUGUGGUGACCAAUGACAUGAACGUGAAGCGCCUGCUGCAUGUCAAGGGUCGCAGGGUCAUCAGAGCGACAGAGGUGGACAUGUCUUGGGCCAGCUUCAACAAGGGAGACUGCUUCAUUAUUGACCUCGGCAAGGACGUCUAUCAGUGGUGUGGCAGUGAGUGUAACCGUUUUGAAAGGCUGAAGGCCUCUAACGUCUGCUUUGACAUCCGAGAUAAUGAGAGAAACGGCAGAGCCAAAUUGCACAUGGUGGAGGAGGGAGAAGAGCCACAAGCAGUCAUUGAUGCUCUGGGGCCCAAACCCACCAUUGCCCCCGCUACGGACGACAUAAAGGUGGACACCGCCAACAAGAAGAAGGCUGCCCUCUACAUGGUGAGUGACAUCUCUGAUGCCUCUGGCACGAUGAAGGUGUCGGUCGUGGCUCAGGCCAGUCCCUUCAAACAGGCCAUGCUGUCUCCUGAUGAGUGCUACAUCCUGGACAAUGGGGUGGACAAGAACAUCUUUGUUUGGAAAGGUCCCAAGGCCAACACAGCGGAGCGUAAAGCAGCCAUGUCAGCAGGUCAGCAGUUCAUCAAAGACAAGGGAUACUGCAAUAAGACACAGAUCCAGGUACUUCCUGCAGGAGCUGAGACGACCUUGUUUAAGCAGUUCUUCAGCGACUGGAAGGACAAAGACCAGACCACUUGCCCCAGUAAGGCCUACGCCAUUGGCAGGAUAGCCAAAGUGGAGCAGGUGCCCUUUGAUGCCUCCACCCUGCACAGCAACAAGGCCAUGGCAGCUCAGCACGGCAUGGUGGAUGAUGGCAAGGGCAAGGUCCAGAUUUGGCGUGUUGAGGGUGACAAGGUGCCUGUGGAUCCCUCUAGCUACGGUCACUUCUAUGGUGGAGACUGUUACCUCAUCCUCUACAGCUACAGACUGGGAGGCAGGGAGCAGCACAUCAUCUACACCUGGCAGGGGCUGAAGUGCACACAGGAUGAGCUGGCAGCUUCGGCGUUCCUCACUGUGAAGCUCGAUGACUCAAUGGGAGGAUCCCCGGUUCAGGUGCGAGUGACUCAGGGCCAGGAGCCUCCACAUCUGAUGAGCCUGUUCCAGGGCAAACCCAUGAUCAUCCACAGCGGAGGAACGUCCCGCAAAGGCGGACAGUCGCAGACUGCUAGCACUCGCCUCUUCCACAUCCGUCAGAGCUCCUCCCGUGCUACCCGGGCUGUGGAGGUCGAGGCCUCUGCUUCCAAUCUGAACACCAAUGAUGUGUUUGUCCUGAAAACACCCAGUGCGUUAUUUGUGUGGCGGGGCGUUGGAGCCAGUGAUGAGGAGAUGGAAGCUGCCAAGCAUGUGGUGGGCUUCCUAGGUGGCAGUCCCUCCCAAGUGUCAGAGGGCAAGGAGCCAGCUGAUUUCUGGUCUGCUCUUGGUGGCAAGAAGGAUUACCAGACCUCCAAGAGUCUGCAGCAGAUGAUCAAUCCCCCACGUCUGUUUGGCUGCUCCAACAAAACUGGACGACUUAUUGUUGAAGAAGUACCAGGAGACUUCACUCAAUCCGACCUGGCUACGGAUGAUGUCAUGCUCCUAGAUACCAGGGACCAGAUCUUCAUUUGGGUUGGCAACGAUGCUAACGCAGAGGAAAGGAAUGGAGCUCCCAAAAUAGCAAAAGAGUACGUGGACACAGACCCAUCUGGUCGCAGAGGGCUGCCCAUCACCACCAUCAAACAGGGAGCAGAGCCUCCAACUUUCACUGGCUGGUUCCAGGCCUGGGAUCCCAAGAUGUGGGAGACGGAUCCGUUGGACAGAAUCCGUGCCCGUUUCUGAGCUCAAAGCUAACGUCUCUUUUUACCAAUCUGACUCCUUCCCUGUCCAGCACCUCCUGUUGCUACUCUGUUUAUUUUAACUCCAAUCCCUAAGUGCCAAAACCAAUGUAAUCACUGUUAUCAGGUUGUAUGGCUGCCUCUAUGCCUUGGUCACGGUGCAGCGCAUCGGACUUUAUAAUCAGAAACGCAUCACAUCAGUCGUCAGAUGACUUCCUGUAGCAACGUUAUCUUUAAUUGCUAGAAGUGGUUUACUGAUCUGUUGCAUCCAACAGCUUGUCGCCUUCAUGUCUUUAUCGAAGCCCCUAAUAUGAUGAGGAAAAAGGAAAGGAAGCCAUUUUAGACAGCUGGAGAUAUCCUCUGUUUCUCUCUGCUCUCUUUCACUUCAGAAGACGUCAUCAUGCUUUCCUUUGUUGUUUUUAUUCUUAAUGACCUAGUAUGUCAGAAAGUUUACUCCAUGACUCUGCAGUGUCUACAUGUUGUGUUUUAUUAUUGGUACUGGAAAGCUGGACACUUACUAGAAGUUGCAUGCUGCAUUUUGUUUUUAUCAUAUUCUGUGCUUGUGAAUUUUAAAAGGCGUACAGCGGUGUGUACAUGAUGUCUUUAUUAUUUGACCCUGAAACGCUCACAUGGAUGGCUUUAAAUAAAACUCCCAGUAUUUCAAA